GAAGGUAAGAAUAGGGAAACAAAAGGUGAGAAGGAAAAAUUCGCCUAAUACAGACAACUUCCCUUUGGUUUCUGGCAUACUUUUCUGGAAAUUUCCAGAUUUCCAUUUCCUCCUCUUAAUAAACUGCUUGCCUUCAUCAAUGGAGGGGCUUUGAAAGUCCAGAAGUCGCAAAGACAAGCUCUGAAUUUUUUGAAUGUCCCCUUUUCUUCUUCUCCUUCGAUUCCAUGGGUAAUUCUUGUCUUCUCUCUUAAACCUUUCCUGCAAUAUCUACAGGUCGGUGGCUUCUGAUUUCAAAUCAUUUUUGGAAGAGUUUGAAUUUUGAGGUUUCGAGAUUGAAUCAAAGUUUUCUUCAAUUAUGUUCUAAUCUGAUGAUUGCCAUUGAGGAGCAGAGGCAUUUCAAAAGAUUGUUUUGUCAAAGGGAGAGAUCUCUGAUCAGAGAGAAUCAUCGAUCUGGGAACAACAAAAUCGAGGAUUGAUCUCAUGAAUUGUGGACCGAUGUGUGGCUUCUAUUGCUGGGGUUGGGAGUUUUUAACCGCUCUGCUCUUAUUCAGUUUAAAGCUUCAUUAGCUCUCCUCUUUCUGUCGCUCUCCCCAGCGAGGGUCUUUAAUUUAGUUUUUUGUAAGAGUGGAAAGAGAAGAUGGCGAAGGAGAUACAGCAGCCGAGGCAGGUGCCUGCACCAUUCCUGAGCAAGACAUACCAGCUGGUCGACGACCCCGCCACCGACGAGGUGGUGUCGUGGAAUGAGGAAGGGAGCACCUUCGUCGUGUGGCGUCCGGCCGAGUUCGCCAGGGACCUUCUCCCCAACUACUUCAAACACAACAACUUCUCCAGCUUCGUUCGCCAGCUCAACACCUAUGGUUUCAGGAAGAUAGUGCCCGACCGGUGGGAGUUUUCCAAUGAUUUCUUUCGAAGGGGCGAAAAGGCCCUCCUCUGCGAAAUCCACCGUAGGAAGGCAUCAACAGUGGCCAUUUGCUCCAAAUCAGCUGCCGCGGUCUCAGCAUCAAAUUCAGGUGACGAUCAGGCAUCUUCGUCCACCUCGUCCACUGAUCCCCUACCUAAGAACCUCCAUGAAACCUCUUUCUCCGACCUCUCCGAUGAGAAUGAGAAGCUCAAGAGGGAUAACUUUCAUCUUGCCUCAGAGCUCCUUCAAACCAAGAAGCAAUGUGCCGAUCUCAUCGCUUUCCUCUCGAAAUGCAUAAAUGUUUUGCCUGAACAAAUCACUAAGAUCAUGGAGCGCGGGAGCAAUGUGGAUUGUGGGUCUUAUGUGAAGGAAGGCAGAGAUGAUGAUGACGAAAAUGAUGAUCAGAGUCCUAAGCUCUUUGGCGUGAGGCUGAGAGUGAAAGAUGAGAAGAAUAAGAAGAGGGGUUUCAUGGGAGAGGGGGUGAAUGGGCCUCCAUUGAAGGUCAAGAAGCUUGAUUUGGAGACCCCUUGGAUGAGGAUAUCUUCUCCUGAAGGCAGCAAAGUUUGCCACUAGGGGGAGGGGAAAAAAUAAAAAAUUUAAGGAAAAAAAUUGUUAUUUUAGAAUCAUUUUAAAAAAUUAGGAGAUACAUAACAACAAAUCAAUGUGGGGGAAAUCACCGCAUGGUUUGGGACUCUGGGUUAUUAGUAAGUAGUUUUCUAGUGUUAUCUGGGAUUGAAAGUUCACUUUUCACAGGUUUCCUUGAGCUUUUCCAUUUCCAAAAUGUAAGCAGAAAAGCUCUUAGAUUGCGAAAGUUCUAAUUGUAAUUAAUGUGCAGCAAAGGUGUUUGAUGAUUCGUGGUA